CUCGUUUCAUUUCAUCAAGUGAUUCUGCACCAAUUGACCACCAAUGUCUAACUUAACCACCUCCAUUCAAUUGACUCAAAAGAGCACCUACAAGCUCAACAACGGGCUCCACAUCCCUGUGACCGCCUACGGUGUCUACACCAUCCCUGCUGGUGACACCAAGGACCUCGUGUACUACGCGUUGGAACAAGGUUACCGUCACAUCGACACAGCCGUCAUCUACCACAACCAGAAGCAAACUGCCCAGGGUGUGGCUGCGUUCUUGAAGGACCACCCAGAGGUGUCCAGAAGCGACAUCUACUUCACCACCAAGGUGUACAACUCCCAGCACGGUUACGAGGAGACCAAGGCUGCCGUCGAAGGCAUUGCUGCCGACGUCAAGGAAUACAUCGACUACGUCGACUUGGUGCUCAUCCACUCGCCAAAGUCCAACAAGGAGAAGAGAUUGGCAACCUACAAGGCCUUGCAAGAGUACGUCCAGGACCCUUCCAACCCCACGUUGCACAUCAAGUCGCUCGGUGUCUCCAACUACGGUAUUUCGCACUUGGAGGAGUUGCUCAACUGGGAGGGCCUCUUGGUCAAGCCAGUCAUCAACCAAUUGGAAUUGCACCCAUGGUUGCCCCACUUGAAGUUGCGUGAAUACCUUGUCAAGAACGACAUCUUGAUCGAAGCAUACUCGCCUUUGACCCAGGGCUACAAGCUCGACGACCCAGAGUUGGUCGAGUUGUCCAAGAAGUUCGGCCUCAGCAAGGCUGAAAUCUUGUUGAAGUGGUCUUUCUUGCAAGGAUUCAUUGUCAUUGCCAAGUCCGUCAACAAGCCAAGAAUCUCCGAGAACUUGAACAUCUUGCCAAAGGGUAGCUCUGACGAAUUGGACCAAACCACCCACCUUGGUGUCAUUGACUUGGACCCAGAGAUCUUGGCUGCUUUGGACAAGCCAGACUCCCACGAGGUUUUGACUUGGAACAACAUCGAUUGUACCGAGUAUGUUGACCCACAGUAGACUUAUAGAAAUAAAAAUGCAGGACACGAUGUACAGAAGUAGAAAAGGGCACAUUUGAUGGUUAGAGUGAUGUAAAUGACUGCAUGAGCACUCUGGGGUGCUGCUUCCAGCAAGAUCCAUGAGUAGAAUGAAUCACUCUAGAGUCUUCUUCCGCCAUUGAAUCACUCGUGGUGCUCAGAUUACCCCCGUAGUUCCUCUAUGAACCAUUCUCCACAUAAAGGCCCUUGCAAAGGUUUACGCAAAUUAGUUCAGUCCCUUGAUUCUGCCAAAAGUCAAUUGUCUGACACAUGCCGCGAAUCU